GGGGGGAUUUGGGGUGAGUGCUUAUUUGUACCCUGGGUACCCCUGGAACUAUAGCAGAGUGAUUAGGUUAUUAUGAACUUAUUCAGAACUAAAAAGGAAAUAACAAAUAUUGGAUCCCAAAUGGAUUUGAGAAUGCUACCAAAACAGGUAUAAGUAUAGGUUAAAGGGUUUCCGGAUAAGGGGUACCUGUAUCUCUAAGGGAGUGUUGAGGAGACUUGUUGCCUGCAGUAACCCAUAAUCCAGCACAAAAUGACGCAGGUAAAACACAUAACUCAACCACAUAUCUGGUUCUAAAGACUUCAAAAUGAUUUUGUUCUCACGGUUUGUUUCCACCGAGGGGUUACAUUUCUUGUUUGCUCUACAUGAAGUCUUUUCAUUUGAAUAAUUUCAUUUGAGUCCUACAAGGAAAUGGGGAUUAGGAUCUGUGAGUGUAACAUACACACCCUGUUGUAUAAAAAUUGCUGAAAGUGGGUACAAAUAUACAAACACACUUCUGUGGCUUUUACAGGCUCUGAGCGAGCAGUGAAGCUCUUAUCAAAAACAAGCAGACGAGAAAGGAAAAAGAUGAAACAGAAUAGGUUGAGAGUGUGGUCUCUCGUGUGUGUGUGCGAGAGUGUGCGAGAGUGCCGCACCAAACACAAGCCACUCUAGAUGUGCCGUUUCCUGUGCACUCAAGCAGCAGAGCUCCGCAGGUUGGAAGGCGAGAGGCUCCUCAGUAGAACAGGAACAUUGGGACGGUGUCCUUGCCUCAUCCAGGCCCACCAUGAAGUCCAGAUGGAUUGCCUUAUCCACAUUCCUGAACAGCCAAGUCUUAUCUGCAGAUGCCCAAGUAUUUGGCCUGACAGACCCCAGGCUGUGCUAUAUCCUGGAUGGGCUCCUCUUCAUAUACGCCAUUAUCGUCACCGCACUUUUCUUUAGAGAGAAGUUGUCGAAAGUCCCUCCAGAGCCAGUUGUUUACGGGGACAGUAAAUAUGCUGAGCUGGGCCCCCGCGGCCAAGCUAAAUACGACGUCCUGAACACCCGGGGUGACGACAAGGCGGCGAGGAGACAGAAACGCUCAGAGACUGAUUCAACUUAUACAGGUCUCCAGAGGGAUAAGAUGAGUGACCCCUACAGCGACAUCAGAACAAAGCAGCCCCAGAAGCGACAGGGGAAGAAAAACGACCCCGUGUACCAGGGAUUGAGCUCGGGCUCUCGGGACACGUAUGACGCCCUCCAUAUGCAGCCGCUCCCCCCCCUGCCCUGAGCAGCACGACCAACCACAAAAUGGCCCCCCAGAGGAUUCCAGCCAAUCCCUGAAAUGCACUCACUCAACUGCUUGUUUUUUUUUUUUUUUUUUCCAUCUAAUUAAAGGGAAAGUGUAUCCUCAGCCAUUUUCAUCUCCCUUAGGGACAAGGCUAGAACUUUUAACCCAAUGAGCAUUAUCACAAGAUGAUGUAUAAAUAUAUAGAUAUAAAUAUAUAUAAUAUUGCCUAAGCUGUUUCACUAUAGAAGGCUGGGGAUGAGUGAUUCGUUGCACAAUCUACUUCCUGUUAAAAAUAAAAUGGUUUUCCCCAGCCUUCUGUAAUGCAGCACUAGCAAAUUAUAUAUAUAUAUAUAUAUAUAUGUCCCAGUGUCAAAAUGUACAUUGUUAUAUACUUAUUCUCAGGAUUGCAGGCUUAGCUUACUGGCACUGGUGCUUUAAUAAGGAUUUUCAGAAAAGGGGGCUUUUUGUAAUUUUGAUCUCUUACCCUUAAGUCUACGAAGAAAUCAUUUAACCAUGAAAUAAACCCAAUAGGGCUGUUCUGCCCCCAAUAAGGGGUAAUUAUAUCUUAGUUGGGAUCAAGUACAGGUACUGUUUUAUUAUUACAGAG